AUGGAGAGGAACAGCAGUUUGAGCUUGAAAGAUCGUCAUCAGAGGAAUAAUAUCAACAAUAUUAAUAUUCCUAAAGAUCAGUACUCAUGGAGUCAUGUCUACAACAACAACCAGAGCUAUGAAGAAGACUACAUGAUGAAUGGAUUUUCAUGGCCUCCAAGAUCCUACACUUGCAGCUUUUGCAAAAGAGAAUUCAGAUCGGCUCAAGCUCUCGGCGGCCACAUGAACGUUCACCGCAAAGACCGAGCCAGGCUCAGGCAGUCCCCUCCAAGAUCAGACCAUGGCGGCGGCCGGUACGGUAGUGGUACUACUUUUCUUAACCUUAACAUGAAUCCUAGUUUCUCAACUUGCCACUCUUUGAUUCCUGCCCCAUUAUCCUCUCUGACUUCACCACCUCUUUCUUCCUUAACAUCUUCUCCAUAUUCUGCUUAUAAUUGCCCUAACAAUGAAAGCAAGAAAUGGCCAUGGACCGGUCAUCAUGUGGAGUACCGUAGUACCAAUCAACUCGAUCCAUUGACCUACAUCAACGGCUCAGACUUAGCAAAAAGUACGAAGAACAAACAGUCUGUUUGUGGGGUCGAAGAACACGAUGGUUUCGCAGGAAAAAAUAUUACGCAGUACUGCAAGAGUUUAAACAAAGCAGAUCAGACAACUGCUGUUAGAUUGGACUUGGAGAUCGGUCUUCUUGGUGCUGAUUCUAAGAUGGCUCGAGACUUGGAUUUGGAACUUCGAUUAGGAUACUCUAAUUAA